CUGAGCAGAGCGGGCGGCGAGACUGCAGCGCAGCCGGAGCCAGAGAAGCAGGAGCUAGAGGAGCAGGAGCCAGGGAGCAGGGACCUGAGCGGGGCCCUGGACGAUGCGCUAGCCGAGCCCGAGCCGCUGGAGCCGGAGCCACCCCGGGGAAGCCGCACGAGCCGAGUCCCGGCCAGAGGAGCUCACAGCCACUGAAGAAGAUGCCGGAACAGAGUAACGACUACCGGGUGGUGGUGUUUGGGGCAGGUGGUGUGGGCAAGAGCUCCCUGGUCCUCCGAUUCGUCAAAGGUACUUUCCGAGACACGUACAUCCCGACGAUCGAGGACACGUACCGCCAGGUCAUCAGCUGCGACAAGAGCGUGUGCACCCUGCAGAUCACGGACACCACGGGCAGCCACCAGUUCCCGGCCAUGCAGCGCCUGUCCAUCUCCAAGGGCCACGCCUUCAUCCUGGUCUUCUCGGUCACCAGCAAGCAGUCCUUGGAGGAGCUGCGGCCCAUCUACCAGCAGAUCCUGCAGAUCAAGGGCAGCGUGGAGAACAUCCCAGUCAUGCUGGUGGGCAACAAGUGUGACGAGACCCAGCGGGAGGUGGACACCAAGGAGGGGGAGGCCCUGGCCAAGGAGUGGAAGUGCGCCUUCAUGGAGACCUCCGCCAAAAUGAACUACAAUGUCAAGGAGCUCUUCCAAGAGCUGCUCACCCUGGAGAAACACCGCAACAUGAGCCUCAGCAUCGACGGGAAGCGCUCCAGCAAGCAGAAGAGGACAGACAAACUCAAGGGCAAGUGCAGCCUGAUGUGAGCGGCCUGGCCCCCCGGGCCGCCCCCCUCCUCUCCGCGGGCCGCCCCUCCCCCUCACCCCGCCCCGUCCCACUCCUGGUCUUGCUCCACGCAGCUCCGUGGCCCCUCUUUUGUCUCCUCCUGUCUUCCCAUCAUCUCGAGUCCUUUCUCAUGGAUGGCCUCCUUGCGUCUUUCCUCUUUCUCUGUCUCACUGUCCUUCUCUGUCCUCAUAGCAGCCCCAGAGUUGGAAGGGCACUCAGAGGUCAUUGAGACCAACCUGUAUCUACACAUCCCUCCCAAGUCAUCCAGCCCCUCCUGGGUCAGCAGCUCUCUCUGUCUCUCUUUCUCCUGUUCUCAUCCCUGUUUGUGUUUCUGCAUCUAUUUGUUUUUCUCAGUUUCUCCUGCCCUUGGGGUGUGUGUGUGUGUGUGUGUAUAUGUGUGUGUGUGUGUCCAUCUCUCCUGCCCCGAGUCUCUCCAUAGGCCACCCAUUCCUACAUUUGAUCACUGUGACUUGGGGGCUGAAAUGCACAUUGACCUCACAUUUUUCUUUCUCUUUUUUGACCAUUGAUGGCCCCCUCCCCCUUCCCCUGCUCCAUGGGCCCAGCUAAAUUCCCCCUUUCAGCUGGCUCUCCUCCUCUCUGUGAUACCGGGAGGCAUGUGAUAGGGAGGCCCAGUAGACAGGCUUUCCCUGGCCUUUGAGACAAUAGGCAAUAAAGAUGAAGCCUCUCCAGCUGAGCUAGGCCCUAAAUCUGCCCUAGGCCUCCCCCCUGCCUUCCCUCUCUGCCCCUUGUAGACAUGACCAAUGGCCCCAGGACUGAGGAGCUAGGCCUGGAGGCUUGUGGGUAGGAGCCAGACACUGUCUAGCAACCUAGCACAAUUCUGGGUCACUGCUGUCCCUUUCUCUCACCUCAUUCAGGUUGGAUGGUAGUGUCCCUGCUAGCUCCUAGCCUCCUUUCCCAGGGGUCUAUAGGGUUACUAUAGGUAUGAAUGGGGGUGGCUCUGUGUACCCCAGGAAGGAGGAUAUGGAGUGGGUUUCUGAGGAGUGGGGGAUCAUCAUUCCCCCCACCCCAGGAGGGUGGGGAGGUAGGAGCCAUCAGCACAACCCCUCUGCCCAGCCCCCAGAACAUCCCCUUGAGGGGAAUGGUCUCUCUGAGGGGCUAGUCUGGGCCCCCAUCUCAGAGACAGGUGUCUGCCCCAGGGGAGGGCACAUUCAGUGAACUGGAUUUCAGAGAGGGGGUGCUCACUUUCCCUGCCAGGGAGUUCUGACCCCUACAGGAAUUGGAGAGGAGAGAACAGUGACGGAGAGGAAGACAGACAGUAAUCAUUGGCAGGUGCAUGUGUGUGUAACAAAAUCUGUGUAUUCGUGCUGUUAUGUGUGUGUUUGUGGCUGGAAGUAUGUGUGUGGGUAUGCUAGUGUAUGUUUGUAUAUAUGCAUGUAUAUUAAUAUAUGUGAUAUCUGUGUGAGUGGGCGUACAGAUAUGUGAGAAUAAAUCAGGGGAGAUCUAUGCAUGUGUAUUAUUGUGUGUGUGUAUGUGUGUGUGUGUGUGUGUGUGUGUGUGUGUGUGUGUGUGAUGGUAUCUGUGUGUCUGAGUAUGUCUGCGGAUAGGUGGAGGGGCAGGAAACUGUAGGGAAAGCUGAUAGGUUUGGGGGUCAGAGCUGGAGCCCUGCUCCUUCCCCCACCCCCCAAAGCCAAUCUGUCCCUUCAGCCCCUUGCUGCAGGCAGCAUUUCACCCCCUGGCAUGCAGCACCCCUGGCUGACCUUGGAAGGGACUGUGGGGUGAGGUGUGGGAAAGGUGAGCAGGUGAGCUAGGGGACUCUCUCCUCUGAGGGUGCUGGCCCCAACAGGGGCUCUGGCACCAUUCCUCAGGGAUCUACCCUGAUAGCACAAUUACCAUCCCCCAGCCCAGGCCCAGGGGCUUAGAGCAGGUGGGGGAGUGGGCAGCCAGGCCCUGCCUUGCAGUGGGUAUGUCCACCCACUUCUCUCCAACCAGACCCCCUCCCCACUGUGACCACCAGAGACAGAACCAAGCACCUUUUCUCCCAAUUGCCCAGAGCAAACUGUCUUAUCUUCUGUUCUUGCCUUCCUGCACACGCUCCUCUUCCUUUUCCACAUCACUUCCUGGGCCCAAUGUUGAAAUCCCAGGAGAAAAAGGAAAUAGAUAGGCCUGUUUGGCAAAUAGCUGUCCAGGCCUGGCCAGCCUAGGGAAUUCAGCUGAGGGUGACCAGAGAAUGUUAGAGCUGGAAGUUACUUUGAAGACCAUCUGUUCCAAAACCCAUAUUUUACAGAUUGGGAAACCGAGGCUCAGAGAGAAUGAGAAAAUUACUUAAAGUCACAUAGCAAGUUAGGGACAGAGCUGGGAGAGAGGUAACAUGUCCUUCAGGGACAGCAGCCCCAUGUAGCACAUGGAUCCCCCUCUCUCAUGUCCCUAGGCCCUUCCAAGAGCUCCAGAGGUUGGGACCAGGCCCUCCCAGGUCACACAUUGGGGCCAGGGCAAGGCCAAGAGUCUGGGAUAAACAUAGGUUCCACUUCCCUUCCUAGGCAUGUGGUCUGGGCAAUUCCACCCUGCCCAGCUGCUGUGAUGCUAGAAUAUUGUCUGGUGCUCUGGACUGAGGCCUUGGCCCCCCUCCCCCAAUCCUCUGUAAUGCCCCCCUCUAUGUCCCAGAUGAUGCCCCCAAGCAUGUGGACACCCCCUUCUCCAGUGCACCCCCUCUUUUUUAAGAGUCCAAUGUAGCCUUCACUCUAGAACUAGUCUUCCUCCAAUAAAGACAUGGCUCCUGCAUCUGCA